GGGGUCAGGCGGGGGGAUGCGCGGGGCGGCGGGUGGCGUGGUGUUGGCCGGGGAUGUGCUGCUGUGUGAGCAGCGGGAGCUGGUGACGUGCGGCCCCGGCCUGAGGCGGGAGGGGGACAGUGUGCUGGUGUGUAAGUGCGGGGAACUGCGGCACAAGGAGCCCAACAUCUACUGGGUGGACUCACAGCAGAAGCGGUAUGUUCCAGCUAAAGGAGAAUACGUGAUAGGAAUUGUUACUACAAAGUCUGUGGAUGUAUUCAAAGUUGAUGUUGGAGGAAGUGAGCAGGCAUCGUUGUCAUAUUUAGCAUUUGAAGGAGCCACCAAACGAAACCGACCAAAUGUUCAAGUUGGAGAUCUCAUUUUUGCACAAUUUGUUGUGGCCAACAAAGACAUGGAGCCAGAAUUGGUUUGCAUUGAUAGCUGUGGACGAUCCAAUGGGAUGGGUGUGAUUGGACCAGAUGGAUUAUUAUUUAAAGUUUUGCUGGGUAAUGCACGCAAGUUACUUUCUCCAAACUGUGAUGUCAUCAAGGACCUAGGAAAGCUAUACCCUUUUGAAAUAGUCAUUGGCAUGAAUGGGAGGAUAUGGGUAAAAGCCAAAACAAUUCAACAUACAUUACUUGUAGCUAAUGUAUUGGAAAGUUGUAAGAAUAUGACCAAUGAGCAAAGGAAACAAGUCUUCAACAAAUUGUCGGAAAAUGUUUCAUGAAUUAAUUGAACUGUAUGUUAAACGUCAAUGUUGAAGGCAGUCAAUAGAUUGCUGUAUUUUGACCUUUUGACCUCUUGAGUGAGAUGGAAUUUUGAUAAAUAAAAACAGAUUGAAAAAAUUA